GCGCUUGGCUCGGAUCGUUUUAAAUUCUUAGUUUGGGCUCCCCGCCCGCCUGCCGCUCCCGCCCCGCGGUUUCCUUUUUUCUUUUUCUUUUUCCCCCUCCCGAUCUCCUUUUUGACUCCCUUCCCCUUUAUGCUCGCCCAGCCCUCUCCCCGCCGCUGAGAAGUGGGGGAGGGCCUCGGCCUCCAGGUUCCCGCCCCAUCGGGGCCCGGGCGAGCAUGGGGGGCAAGCAGAGCACGGCGGCCCGGUCCCGGGGGCCCUUCCCGGGCGUCUCCACGGAUGACAGCGCCGUGCCCCCGCCGGGAGGGGCGCCCCACUUUGGGCACUACCGGGCGGGCGGCGGGGCCAUGGGGCUGCGCAGCCGCUCGGUCAGCUCGGUGGCGGGCAUGGGCAUGGACCCCAGCACGGCCGGAGGGGUGCCCUUUGGCCUCUACACCCCCGCCUCUCGUGGGACCGGCGACUCGGAGCGGGCGCCCAGCGGCGGAGGGUCCGCAUCGGACGGAUCCACCUAUGCCCAAGGCAAUGGUUACCAGGAGACCGGCGGCGGUCACCAUAGAGACGGGAUGCUGUACCUGGGCUCCCGAGCCUCGCUGGCGGAUGCUCUACCUCUGCACAUCGCACCCAGGUGGUUCAGCUCGCACAGCGGUUUCAAGUGCCCCAUUUGCUCCAAGUCUGUGGCUUCCGAUGAGAUGGAAAUGCACUUUAUAAUGUGUCUGAGCAAACCUCGCCUCUCCUACAAUGACGACGUGCUGACUAAAGAUGCGGGCGAGUGUGUGAUCUGCCUGGAGGAGCUGCUUCAGGGAGACACGAUAGCCAGGCUGCCCUGCCUGUGCAUUUACCACAAAAGCUGCAUAGACUCGUGGUUUGAAGUGAACAGAUCUUGUCCAGAACACCCUGCGGACUGACCCUGCUGGGCUCGCUUGCUGACUCCUCUCAAAGGUUUGUUUUAUUUAUUCCAAGUAAACUUCCAGAACAGCUGAUGAUGGCAGACAAAUCAGGGACAUUUGCUCUUUUUACCUUCACCUGAAAAACUGAGGACAUGGGGAGAAGAAACAGUGAGGGUGAGAGUGAGGCAGAGGGCGUGGAGCCUGGCGCUGGAGUGCGAGUCCAAAUUCCCGGCAUGAUAUUUGCCUUCUCGGGCCCCGGACUGGAACCACAGGCGCCCAGCCCGUCCUCAGCCGGACACACAGGCUGGCUUCAGCCCAGCGGGAGCACGACUUCCGUAUUGUGGUCCACACAGGACAGCCAGCCCUGUUCCCGAGAGGAGGCUUCGGACACUGGGGCAGAGCUGAGCUGGGGACACCAGUGGGAACAGGGCACCCUACGCACUGACUUCCAGAGAAUGGUUCUCCCUUUCUCCCUGAGGACACCAAAUUGGAUGAGCCAUGAGUUUGAGAGAAGAAAGAAUCGACCGCCCUCCUUCCCCUCACCUCUCCUCCUAGGAGGGAAAGGGCAUUUUCUUUCUCACCUUUGAAAGGCAUUGUGGGUCUGUCUCUUAACGUGUUUACAAAAAAAAAUCAUAAAAAAAAAGUUUAGUGUCGACUGGUGUUUUCGCCCGUGAUGUUUACAGAUUGCUGUCUGCUGCCCGGCUAGAACCCACCCAAUGACAAAGGGACAGAGCCAGGUUCAGUGCUGAUGGUGCGAGAGACGCUCGCUCGGUCCUCCUGGCCCAGCGCCCCGUCGGUUCGGCCCUCGCCAUCAACAACCGCCCGGCCUUGGUUUUCUUUGCCCAUUUUCCUGGCUUGGUUUUGCACUUUUCUCCCCUUGGGACCCUGAGAUCUUGACUUCAUUGCCAAAAAAAACAACCCUCAGAAGACCUCCCCCUUCAUUCCUGAUUCUUCUCCCUCCUUUCCUCCUGGUUUCUGGUCAGUUCAGAGGACUUCACAAUCACAAGUGUCCUGCAAAAAUGCCUGAACAUUUUUCUUAGGCCCUUGUGGAUUUUUUUUCCUGAAAACUUAAACACACAGAAGACUUAUUAAAGGAACAUGUACAGCUACCCGUUUUCAGGCACUCUGUUUGAGAACAUUUUAGCCAUUGAUGUUCACACGUGGCAUCAGCCCAUGCAAGAUAGGUUUCUGUAUUUAUAUAUUAAAAUACAAAAAAACACCAUCCUUAUAAAAUGUUUUAAAAAAUGUUCGAAGUUGGGGGCAAAGCUUUCUUCAUUAGUCAAGAUGUUUUGAUAUGGUAUUAAAAUCAUGUCUAAUAAAAGA